UGUUGCGCAACAGCAAACUUCAGGAUCUGUUUUCAUUUAAUAAUAUAGAUUUGGGAAGCACUGACACGAGGCACCACGAUGCUUGCCCGUGCAAAACUUUACUAUAAUGUCUGUCGGUUGUAAAUGCGCAGCAAUUAUGCCAGGCUCAGAAACAAACCGAGAAAGGCCCUUUAUAAUUGGUGUGUCUGGUGGUACGUCAUCAGGGAAGACCUCAGUAUGCCAGAAGAUCAUUGAGCUACUGGGAGAAAGUUCAGCCGUAAACGGGGCACGAAAGGUGGCAAUUAUAAGCCAAGACAACUUCUAUAAAAGUUUAAAUGCAGAAGAAAUAAGACUUGCAAAUAAUUGUCAGUAUAACUUUGACCACCCAGAUGCCUUCGAUACAAAACUCAUGAAAGCAACAAUCCUAGAUAUCGCAAAUGGAAGAACGAUAAAAAUACCUGAUUAUGAUUUUAAAACACAUACCAGACGGAAAGAAUUCUGUGAGGAAUUGCACAAAUGUGACGUUGUGUUGUUCGAAGGCAUCCUCGUGUUUUAUCAUAAAGAAAUACGAGAAUUAUUUAAUAUGAAGCUGUUUGUAGAUAGUGAUGCAGAUACUAGGUUAUCUAGAAGAGUAUUAAGAGACAUAACAGACCGAGGACGAACGUUAGAAUCCGUGUUACAACAAUACACAACCUUUGUUAAACCUGCAUUUGAAGAAUUCUGUUUACCAUCAAAGAAAUAUGCUGAUGUCAUCAUUCCUAGGGGAGCUGAAAACUUGGUUGCCAUCAACUUGAUAGUUCAACACAUUCGAGAUAUACUGAACGGAGGCAUAAUAAAACGUGCCAAUGGUCACCAGGCCAAUGGUCACCAGGCCAAUGGACAUCAGGCCAACGGACAUGUCAAAAACGGUGACCAUGUAAAUGGGGGAGGAGACUUCGUGCCGGAACGGCGAUUGUCGUACCAGGCUGUUGAGGGUGCUCGCCCGCACUAGUGUUGCCAAAUCAGUGUUUCCAAUUGAGAAACUGCUAAAAUUAGUGUUUCCAGUUAAAAACCGCUGAAACUUUUGAAAGUAUACUGUGUUAAAAGUUUGUUUGAUUUUGGUGACUUAAGGGCCCUUGCUGUUAGUUUUCAGGAGCGUAUUCAGGGGGUGUUAAAGGGGGUCUAGUCUCCCCUUUUUAUGAAAAAUAAGACAUGAAGUAAACAAGCUUCAUUACCUGCACAUUUGGUUUUUGUGUGAUGUGUA